CAGAAAUCUCUAGUGUCUAGUUGUGCAACAGCAGUUACUGAACUUAAAGUGGCAGGUGUAAGUGAAAGAGCAAUUAACUCUUUGGUCAUUUCCCUUGAAGAAAUAGUUAAUGAUAUUCAAAAUCAAGCAAAAGAAUCUGUGAAAAGCAGUCUUUCUUUACAAGAACCUGUCAAAAGUGACAUUGAGAGCAAAAUUGAUAAAUGUUUUGAGAAAAUGGAAAAUCCUUUCAUGGCAUUAAAUUCUGAAAGUAAAAGAACUCGUUUUUUGGCAGAGAAUUGGGGACGUGUAGACCCAGUAGAAUAUGUCCUUGGUUCCAGAUUUGAUACACUGCGUAGUCGAACCACAGGGGGCUAUGAUCAGGUUGUUGUUACAGAUAAAUUUGUUUACAUCCCAAUUUUGGAAACAUUAAAGUUUAUUUUUAGUCACCCUAACAUAGAGGAGAUGAUGGCCAAGUCAAAUUUAAGUGAAACUCUUAAAGACUUGUCUGAUGGAGAACUUUUUAAGAGUCAUGCUCUGUUUUCAAAGCAAAAUCAUGCCCUUCAAAUU